AUGUCGGCUGGUGAUUUGUCCUUCUGGCUGAUCUUGUUGAGUAUUGCAGAAGCAUCAAAUGUUUCGUAUAAUCAACCAAAACUGGAUGCUUAUGCAGUGUGGAAUCCAAAUGCGAUCGUUUUUGCAAAUUCAUCUCUGGUCGGCGCCAAUCCUCGUGGUCUUUUCGUUGAUACGAAUGACACAGUCUAUGUUGUUGAUCAAAUAAACAGUCGAACUCUGAUUUGGUUCAACAACAGUAUAAAUCCAACAAGAACAAUCUAUGGCGAUAUGAGCAAGCCUAUGUGCAUCUUUGUAACAACAAGUGGUGACACGUACAUUAGUGAUUUUAAAGCAAAUAAUCAAACUCGUAGAUGGUCACAGAAUUCAAAUGGUAGUAGUCUUGUGAUGUAUACUAGUUCAGGAUGUUAUGGUCUGUUCAUUGAUAUCAAUAACACUUUGUACUGUUCGCUGUACAAUGAACACAUAAUUGUGAAGAAGUGGUUGGGUAACAAUGCAUCAACAGUGACACCGAUUGCUGGGAAUAGAUCAAAUGGAUCUGGAUUGAAUCAGCUUAACAAUCCUUGUGGAAUCUUUGUCACUAUUGAUUUUGAUUUAUAUGUAGCUGACUACAUAAACAAGCGAAUUCAACUUUUUCAAUCUGGUCAAUCUAGUGGAAUAACAGUUGCUGGAAGUUCAUCAAUAAACGUUACAGUCAAACUACAAGGCCCUAAUGCUGUCAUACUUGACGCCGAUAAUUACCUAUUCAUAACAGACGGCUCAGCGGGUAGGAUUAUUGGAUCAGGGCCAAAUGGUUUUCGAUGCAUCGUUGGAUGUUCUGGUUCAUCGGGUAGCAAUACUAACCAACUAUCAGGCCCGUGGAAUCUAGCUUUCGAUAGUCACGGCAAUCUAUACGCUAAUGAAUGGAACAGUUAUCGUAUUUUGAAAUACACUUUAUUGAAUAAUACUGGAGUGAAAUCAUAUAACCAGCCGCAACUGUCUGCAGAUACCACAUGGAACCGAAAUGCAAUUACAUUCGCUAGUAAAAACAUGAUCGGGCAACAUCAGUCGAACAUUUUUAUUGAUGCAAACAACUCAGUGUAUAUUAUUGAUACACAAAACAGUCGACUUCAAAUAUGGUUUAACAACAGCAUCAGCCUGGCACGGACCAUAUCGGGAAACUUCUCCAAUGUAAAUUCUAUAUUCGUUACGAAUAAUGGUGAUAUUUACAUUGAUAAUGGCACUUCUAAUGGCUUCGUUAGCAGAUGGUCCAUGGACACAAAUACUAGCAUUCCGGUCAUGUCUAUUAAUUCAUCUUGUUUUAGUUUGUUUAUUGAUAAAAGCAAUACGAUAUAUUGUUCACUCUCCACAGAGAAUAGAAUUGUGAAAAAAUGGUUAGGUGAUAGUACAAUGAUAGUAACGAAAGUAGCCGGAAAUAUCAAUGGUACACGUGGCUCAUCUUCGGAUGGAUUCGCUGUCCCACGUGGAAUUUUUGUCAAUGAUUACUUUGCUUUAUAUGUGGCUGAUUCUGGAAAUGAUCGAAUACAACUUUUUCGACUAGGUCAAACGGAAGGAAUAACAGUUGCAGGAAAAACUUCAAACAAUGUUACAAUCAAACUGAAUAAUCCAACCGAAGUUGUACUAGAUGCUAACAAUUAUUUAUUUAUUGUGGACGCUGGUAAUAAUCGGAUAGUUGGGUCAGGACCAACUGGUUUUCGAUGCAUAGUCGGAUGUUCCAGCCGUGGCUGGUGGAAUUGGUGGAAAAAAGUUUCCCAACCGGGUAGCAUGGGUUUUGACAGUUGUGGAAAUAUAUUUAUCGUGGAUACAGGAUACGAUCGCAUCCAAAUUCUUCCUUUAUCAAAAACCUCAUGCAAUCAAAACAGAUGGAUAGCGACAGCAACGAAUGCGGUAGCAUCGAAUCAAAGUUGUUUCGCUCCAAAUAUCACACUUACUCCCAGUGCAUCAUCCAUAACAUCACCAAUUCAGUAUCGUCGAAGUCAUCAUAUCUCCAUCAUUUCGCUUAUCGACUUCAAUUGUGAUCAACCAUUCGUCAUGAAAACUCUAUGGACAAUCAAAACCUGUUCAAACACAUCAUGCACACAUACUAUGCCAUCUAAUUCAGCCGUCAACACAAAAUACACCGAACUCUAUAUCCCUCCAAACACACUUCCAUAUGGAAUNUUUUCCUCAACUUAG